AUUGUGGGAGGAGGUUGUCUCCAAUUUCUCCUCCCCCUCCCCCCACCCGGCCAAGAUGUCUGACAUGGAGGAUGAUUUCAUGUGCGAUGAUGAGGAGGACUACGACCUGGAAUACUCUGAAGAUAGUAAUUCUGAGCCAAAUGUGGAUUUGGAAAAUCAGUACUAUAAUUCUAAAGCAUUAAAAGAAGAUGACCCAAAAGCAGCAUUAAGCAGUUUCCAAAAGGUUUUGGAACUUGAAGGCGAAAAAGGAGAAUGGGGAUUUAAAGCACUGAAACAGAUGAUUAAGAUUAACUUCAAGUUGACAAAUUUUCCAGAAAUGAUGAAUAGAUAUAAACAACUAUUGACCUAUAUUCGGAGUGCAGUCACAAGAAACUAUUCUGAAAAAUCCAUUAAUUCUAUUCUUGAUUAUAUCUCCACUUCUAAACAGAAUUCUGAUUUUUUAUGUCAGAUGGAUUUACUGCAGGAAUUCUAUGAAACAACACUGGAAGCUUUGAAAGAUGCUAAGAAUGAUAGACUGUGGUUUAAGACAAACACAAAGCUUGGAAAAUUAUAUUUAGAACGAGAGGAAUAUGGAAAGCUACAAAAAAUUUUACGCCAGUUGCAUCAAUCCUGCCAGACUGAUGAUGGAGAAGAUGACCUGAAAAAAGGUACACAAUUAUUAGAAAUAUAUGCUUUGGAAAUUCAGAUGUACACAGCACAGAAAAAUAACAAAAAACUUAAAGCACUCUAUGAACAGUCACUUCACAUCAAGUCUGCCAUCCCUCAUCCACUGAUCAUGGGAGUCAUCAGAGAAUGUGGUGGUAAAAUGCACUUGAGAGAAGGUGAAUUUGAAAAGGCACACACUGAUUUUUUUGAAGCCUUUAAGAAUUAUGAUGAAUCAGGAAGUCCAAGACGAACCACUUGCUUAAAAUAUUUGGUCCUAGCAAACAUGCUAAUGAAAUCGGGAAUAAAUCCAUUCGACUCACAGGAGGCCAAGCCGUAUAAAAAUGAUCCAGAAAUUCUAGCAAUGACAAAUUUAGUAAGUGCCUAUCAGAAUAAUGACAUCACUGAAUUUGAAAAGAUUCUGAAAACAAAUCACAGCAACAUAAUGGAUGAUCCUUUCAUAAGAGAACACAUUGAAGAGCUUUUGCGAAACAUCAGAACACAAGUGCUCAUAAAACUAAUUAAGCCUUACACAAGAAUACAUAUUCCUUUUAUUUCUAAGGAGUUAAACAUAGAUGUAGCUGAUGUGGAGAGCUUGCUGGUCCAGUGCAUAUUGGAUAACACUAUUCAUGGCCGAAUUGAUCAAGUCAACCAACUCCUUGAACUGGAUCAUCAGAAGAGGGGAGGUGCACGAUACACUGCACUAGACAAAUGGACCAACCAACUAAAUUCUCUCAACCAGGCUGUAGUCAGCAAACUGGCAUAACAGAGAACAAGCUUUGACAGACGUCCUUGAGGCAACAGUGCAGAGAUGUAAACCUUAAAAGAACUGGGAAUGGCAAAACUACUGUCGGUUGAUGUGUCCUGAAAAUUAUUGGAGUAUGGCAGAAGUGCUUUUUUGAUCAACUGGUUUGUGUUUUGCUGCUGCAUUUAUCCCAAGAAAAACAGCUUUAAUCUCCAGAAGAAAACCAAAAUACCAUGGGAUUUAUGCUGUAUUGACAUCUUGCCCUAAACAUACAACAUCAUAGUAAUUUGUCAUGGGCAACAUGACCAGAGAGAAGAUUUUUGUCAUGAUUUUAAAUAUACUGACACGCUACUGUUGGUUAAAUUUAAACAUGUUUUACCUGCAGAAAUUCUCUCACAAAUAACCUGCAAUAACUUGAAAUGCAUACCCUUUUGAACACUUCCUUUUCUCAUGUAUAAAUGAAAAUGUUUGCUGCAUUUUGCAAAAUGUCAAUUCUCCAAAAAUGUGUCCGUAUAUUUCUGUACCUGCAGUGUAGUAAAGGUUUAGAUGAAACCCCAUAAGUAUAGUGGCAUACUGUCACUUAGGUUUCAAGCAGCAAAAUAAACAGUGCAGCUCAGAAAUUGUA